CCCCCUCAAUGAGCCAAUGAACGUGCCAUGGGCAAUUCAUUUGUUGAAGGUAUUUAUUCAAAUUUUUGGUAAAUUCGGAUAUAUAUGCCGGUGGUUUGGUUGAAAAAGGUAUCAGUUUCACUUCGAAUCUACACCAAAGAAAACCAAACUCAAUUCAAUAUGUUCAAAUUUUUCGCUCUUUGUUUGAUGGCUUGUGUUGCCUUGGCCGCUGCUAAGCCUGGUAUUGUAGCUCCUUUAGCCUACACCGCAGCAUACUCAUCGCCUUUGAUCGCCUCUCCCUACACCGCUGCCGCCUACACUGCUGCAGCAUAUAGCGCUCCAUUGGUUGCAUCUCCUUACUAUGCAUCACCGUAUGCGGCCGCCUACAGCGCAUAUCCUUAUGCAUCCGCUCCAUUGUUGCUUCGUCGUUAAUCAACAUGGAUUAUGUAACCCGCCUCGCUUACUGACCACUUAUUUUCUGCCUUCUGGAUCGUAGUCGGUCGUUCUCGUCGACUCUCUCCUGGCAUUUUGUUGAUUUUUGUUAAAACGAAACUUUAAAUUGAAAACAAA